CAAUAAAUAAAUUUUUAAAAAAAUAAAGAAGAAUUGAAACAAAGAGGUGAAGUUAUGGGAAGAGCUGUGGUUAAAAUAGCUGUUUUGUGCUGUUACUUCUUCUUCUUCUUCUUCUUGGCGACCGAGGCCAGAUUUCCGAACCCACCAGCUUCUUUGAAAGUAGGCUUCUAUCGUCACAAAUGUCCGUCAGCUGAAUCCAUAGUUCGCCAGGCGGCGGUUCUUAAGUUUGCGGCUCGAAACCCUGGAUUUGCUCCUGGACUCGUGAGGAUGCAUUUUCAUGACUGCUUUGUUAGGGGCUGCGAUGCUUCCGUCCUCCUCGACUCCCUCCCAGGCGCCCCAGCAGAAAAGGAUUCUCCGGCAAACAAUCCGAGCCUCCGAGGCUUCGAAGUAAUCGAUGAAGCCAAAGCGAAGCUCGAGUCCAUCUGCCCCUCUACCGUCUCCUGCGCCGACAUCCUCGCCUUCGCCGCCCGUGACGCCUCCUUCAUUGCCGGUGGCAUCAGUUAUGCAGUCCCCUCUGGCCGACGCGACGGUAGCGUCUCCCUCAUCGACGACAUCCCGCUAAACCUCCCUCCUCCUAACUUCAAUGCUGACCAACUCAAAGAAAACUUUGCCCGCAAAGGACUGACACUCGACGAAAUGGUCACUCUAUCAGGGGCCCACUCAUUCGGCGUCUCCCACUGCUCGUCCUUCGCAGGCAGGCUGUAUGAAUUCAAUGCGACACACCCGCAGGACCCUUCACUGGAUCCGCUGUUCGCGUCGUUCUUGAAGCAAAGAUGUCCGAGGACCGUUGGGGGUGCAAGUGAUCCGACAGUGAAGAUGGAUUUGAUUACGCCGAACAGGCUAGACAACGCGUACUAUGUGAACUUGGAGCGUCGUCGGGGGUUGUUUGGGUCGGAUCAGACGCUGUAUGAUAGUGAGCUGACGAGGAGGGUGGUGGAGGAGAACGCGAGGAGAGCGAGGGUGUGGGGGAAGAAGUUCGGGAAGGCGAUGGUGAAAAUGGGGGCGAUCGAGGUGCUCACCGGGAGGCAGGGGGAGAUUAGGAGGAAGUGCAAUGUUGUUAACUAA